CGUCUUAAAGAAAUCGCGUCUUUUUUCAGUCCAGCUGGAUUCCCCACCUUUCUCGGAGCGGUCGGUGUGCUGGGUGUUGAAGAGCGAGGAUGAACCGGAGGCAGGGGUGUGUUUUGUCUGGGGGAGAGUGAGUUUAAGGGGGGGUAAACAUGUCCGCGGCCGAGCAGAGCUCGUGGCUGCGGGCCGAAGUGGAGCGGCUGUCCCGGGAGCUGAGCGAGACGACCCGGGAGAAGAUCCAGGCGGCGGAGUACGGGCUGGCCGUGCUGGAGGAGAAACAGCAGCUCACGCAGAGAUACGAGGAGCUGGAGGGAGAAUAUGAGGCCCUCAGACACGAACUGGAGCAGCUCAGGGAGGCGUAUGGCCAGGCCCACUCCAACCAGCGGAAGGUUGCGGCGGACGGAGAGAGCCGGGAGGAGUCUCUGAUCAUGGAGUCGGCGUCUAAAGAGGCCUUCUACGAGCAGAGGGUCCAGGAUCUCCAGGCUGAGCUGCGGCAGGCCAGAACCACGCUGACCAGCACGCAGAGCGAAAACGAACGACUGGCCACUCUGGCUCUGGAGCUGAGGGAGAGUAAUGAGCUGGUGGAGCUGCAGCGCGCUCGUCUGCGUGAUGAUAUCAGAGAGUUUAAGGUUCGAGAGUCGCGGCUGCUGCAGGACUACACCGAGCUGGAGGAGGAGAACAUCAGCCUGCAGAAACAAGUCUCGCUGCUCAAACAGGGACAGGUGGAGUUCGAGGGUUUGAAGCAUGAGAUCCGACGGCUGGAGGAGGAGGCGCAGUACCUCAACAGCCAGCUGGAGGAGGCUAUCCGGCUGCGGGAGAUCGCCGAGCGCCAGCUGACUGAGGCGCUGGAGACGGUCAAGACGGAGCGCGAGCAGAAAGCAGCUCUGCGGAAAGAGUUGACCAAUCACAUGACCCUCGGAGACUCGCUCCUAGCCAGCUCGCUGGACACAUUCAAACUGGGCCUGGACGAGCCCAACAACGACGAGGCCGUCCGCGCCUUCGAAAAUGGCUUCGCUAAGAUGGUGGACAGCGAUGAAGACAACAGGUCGUCCACUGCGAAGAAGGGAGAGAGGUUCCGGCCGGGGCCCAGCCUGGUGGACGAUCUGCUGAGCGAGCUGAACAUCUCCGAGAUCCAGAAACUCAAACAGCAGCUCAUGCAGGUGGAGCGAGAGAAGGUGGCUCUCCUGUCCACUCUGCAGGAGUCUCAGAAGCAGUUGGAGCAUGCUCGCGGGACGCUGGCGGAGCAGCAGGAGGCGAUGGCGAGGCUGAGCGACGACCUGGGGGCCAUGCGGAGGCUCCAUGCUGGAAAAGAGCGUCAGUCCGCGCUGGACAGUGAGCGGGAGCGGGACAGCCGCGAGGAAGGAGACGUGGAUUAUUAUGAGCUGGACAUCCACGGCCCAGAGAUCCUGCGCUGUAAAUAUGAGGUGGCUGUUGCUGAGGCCGGCGAACUGAGGGAAGAGCUAAAGGUGCUGAAGGUGGAGCAUGAGGAGGUGAGGGCAGAGAAUGCGGAGGUGCAGGAGCGGCUGGAGAGCCAGGUGUGUGAGCUGAGUGCCCAGGUGUCCCAGCUGGAGAGCGGCGGCCGAGCAGAUCGGGAGCAACUGGCCCGGCUGCAGAGGGAGCUGCAAGAGGCCAGUGCGCUGGCGGGCGAAUCGCAGGGGGCGCUUAGCGUGGCUCAGGACGAGCUGGUGGCCUUCAGCGAGGAGCUGGCCAACCUGUACCACCACGUCUGCAUGUGCAACAACGAAACGCCCAGCCGCGUCAUGCUCGACUUCUACAAAGAGGGUAAAGGUGCUGACGGCAAAGCAAACCGCCCAACUUCCACUCAGACGCCCGCUGGCGCAGAUUCCGCCGCUGUCUCGGAAUCGUCAACCAGUGCCCCCACCGGCCCAGUGCGGGACGACUCCAAAAAAGAGCCGAUGGAUGUUUAUAACCUGGUGGCCAUUAUCCGGGACCAGAUCCGGCACCUCCAGCAGGCGGUGGACCGCACCACCGAGCUGUCCCGGCAGAGAGUGGCCUCUCUGGAGCUGACCGCUGUGGCCGAUAAAGACCAGGCGGCCUGCAUGGAGGAGAUCCUGAAGCUCAAGUCCCUGCUGAGCACCAAACGAGAACAGAUUGCCACACUGAGGACCGUGCUCAAGGCCAACAAGCAGACGGCAGAGGUGGCCCUGGCCAAUCUGAAGAGUAAGUAUGAGAACGAGAAGACUGUUGUCACCGAGACGAUGAUGAAGCUGAGGAACGAGCUGAAGGCUCUGAAAGAGGACGCAGCCACCUUCUCCUCCCUCAGGGCCAUGUUCGCCACCAGGUGUGAUGAGUACGUGACUCAGCUGGAUGAUAUGCAGAGGCAGCUGGCGGCGGCGGAAGAUGAGAAGAAGACGCUGAACUCGUUGCUCCGCAUGGCCAUCCAGCAGAAGCUGGCUCUGACCCAGCGUCUGGAGGACCUGGAGUUUGACCACGAGCAGUCUCGCAGAGGCAGUAACCCUGCCGCCCGGGGAAAAGGGCCCUUCUCGCGGGGAAAAGGGCCAGCCUCGUCCUCCAGUCCGCACUAAUUGUAGUUGCCAUGGAGAAAAGUGCUUAGUCCCCGACUGCGAAAGCAAAUCGUCCUGCCAGUGACGGUCCUGCUCCAGAACGCUUCAGACUUCGCGCAGUUCCCUUCCUGACUUAGACAUGCAGGCAAAUGAGCUUCAUAAUGAUCAUAUUAUUAUUAUUAUUAUUAUUAUUAUUAUUAUUGUUGUUGUUGUUGUUGUUGUUGUUAUUAUUAAGGCCAUGCAGUCCAGUUCACAGUAUUGUCAACACUUCUGUUUUCUUCUUUAUUAGUUUGAACUUCAGUUUAACUGCACUUUCGGCGUCUCUCAGCGUGAUGUAAGGCAUUUCCGUGUCUGCCGCUCAUUGAAUUUGAUGUAUUUAACAUAAAUGAUAAUAUAAGUAUUGUUUUUUGUUUUGAUUUUAACGAUAUUAUGGACUCUGUUCUUGCCAUUUUCUGAAAGAAACCCAGGGAGAGCUAGUCACAGGUUCAGUAAAUGUAUGCGUGUUAUUUUCCUCGAUAGCCAAGCAGCACAGUUCAUUCACACGUUUUGAGGAUUUGGGGUUUGGACGCUGAAGGAAAAGCGCUGGGAUGCGUUCCGGACUGGAGCUCAGCACAAGCAAAAACCUCUCUGUCCACUUCAGAUCUGGGCAAGUACUUGGACAAGGUCAGGAUGGGGUUUUAAAACGCCGGAGAAGUCUCCGUUUAAGACCGAUCGUGCCUUUUAUUAAAAUAUUAACAUUUUAUAAGCAGCUGGAGAGAAACAGUCCAGUGUUUGUUGUUUUUCAGGUUGUCGUGCGACAGUGUUAAACUCUGCUUGUAAUCCGUGUAUUAAAGUGGAUGCAGGGCUGUUGUGAUAAAUAGUCUGUAUUUAAUCUAUUCUGUGUACUAUGGGAUGGUUGGCAUUGAAGGGGAAGUCCACCAGUUUGUCAGAAUUUCCACAUAACUCACUCAACUCACACAGUCACUCAGAGCUGGUCUGGUGUGAAACGGUUCAGACGUCUUUAUAGUGGUGGUGAUGGGAACCAGGCGUCGCCAUGACUACAACACAGAUAUAGACACUUUAUUUACCAUCCAGAACCACCAGAGAACCUACACGAGUCUUCUGAGCUUAUAUGGAUGUUGAUCUGAAGAAAAGAAUCGUUUUCUUUGGGGACUGUUUUUGCCACGCGACGCCCUGCAUGUCUCCCUCCAUCAUGAACCGAUAACGAAGGCGUCGGGCAGCCUUCACUGGAGCCCACCGCUCUGGGCAUGUGUGCUGACUGCCCCCUAGUGUGUAUGUGGUGUUUCACUGCACAGAUGGGUUAAAAUGCAGAGGAAAUGUGGGGCUAAUAAGGCUGACGUAACUGUUCAUAAGCAUUUUUACGGAGGAACUUUCUGUGAAGGAGCUUUUAGAGGUGGACGUCUGGUUCCUAUCACCUCCACUGUGAGCAGUUCUGGCUCCUGGAAUGCAGCAGGUCAAACUAAACAGCUCUGAGCGACUCUCGUUUACAUCUUUACAGUAUAAUUAUGCAGAAAUGUUCAAACAGACACAGAAGUUCCCUUUAAACGUCGCUGUUUUUGUUGUAACUGUUACUAAUCUGAUCUCGCUUCUUCAGCCGGGCAAACGUCCUCCACUACAGGCCAGUCGCGCCGUUUCCACUCGGAUUUUUCAGGACAGUGAAAGUUUAUUGGGAUAUUUUUAAAGUAUUCAAGUAUCCGGUGAUGCGUUUUCUGUUCAUUUCAGACGGCUUUGCUUUCUUUCUUUCUUUCUUUCUUUCUUUCUUUUUUCUUUCUUUUUUUUUUGCACAUAUGAAAUAAUGUUACGUUUAUCAUAUUUAUUCAUAACCCUUGACGUCAGCUAACGUUAGCCUAUGGUGUGUGUGUGUGUGUGUGUUGAGCGGAGUGGUGUAGUCCUGUUGGAUGUCUUGCUGUGUUUUAUGUCUACUUGAAUCGCAGGCCAGGCUGUGGUCCAGCAGCCUGGCGCUUUUUUUAUUGCUAGCUAU